GGUGGCGGCGUUGCCGGUGCCGGGAGCGCAGCGAUGGCGGCGGCGGAGCUGGAGCGGCUGCGGAUGGCGGGGGCCGGGAUGGCCAUCGCCGUUCUCACCAGCGGCGGCGACGCGCAAGGGAUGAACGCCGCCGUCCGCGCCGUCACCCGCAUGGGGAUAUACGUGGGAGCCAAGGUGUUCCUCAUCUAUGAGGGCUACGAGGGGCUGGUGGAGGGGGGCGACAACAUCAAGCAAGCCAACUGGCUCAGCGUCUCCAACAUCAUCCAGCUGGGCGGGACGGUGAUCGGCAGCGCCCGCUGCAAGGCCUUCACGACGCGCGCGGGGCGGCUCCGCGCCGCCCGCAACCUGGUGGAGCACGGCAUCACCAACCUGUGUGUCAUCGGCGGCGACGGCAGCCUCACCGGCGCUGACAUCUUCCGCUCUGAGUGGGCCGGGCUGCUGGACGAGCUGGUCCGAGACGGGCAGAUCAGCGAGGAGGUGGCGCGGCAGAACUGCCGCCUGAACAUCGUGGGGCUGGUGGGCUCCAUCGACAACGACUUCUGCGGCACCGACAUGACCAUCGGCACCGACUCGGCCCUGCACCGCAUCAUGGAGGUCAUCGACGCCAUCACCACCACGGCGCAGAGCCACCAGCGGACGUUCGUGCUGGAGGUGAUGGGUCGCCACUGUGGGUACCUGGCGCUGGUGUCCGGCCUGGCCUCAGGCGCCGACUGGCUCUUCAUCCCUGAAUCCCCUCCGGAGGACGGCUGGGAGGACCUCAUGUGCGAGAGGCUGGGGGAGACACGCAGCCGAGGGUCGCGGCUCAACAUCAUCAUCAUCGCCGAGGGCGCCAUCGACCGCAGCGGGAAACCCAUCUCCUCCAACUACGUGAAGGACCUGGUGGUGCAGCGCUUGGGCUUCGACACGCGCGUCACCGUCCUCGGCCACGUGCAGCGCGGAGGGACCCCCUCGGCCUUCGACCGCGUGCUGAGCAGCAAGAUGGGAAUGGAGGCGGUGAUGGCGCUGCUGGAGGCCACGCCGGACACGCCGGCGUGUGUGGUGAGCCUCUCCGGGAACCAGUCCGUGCGGCUGCCACUCAUGGAGUGUGUCCAGGUGACGAAGGAUGUGCAGAAGGCCAUGGAUGAGAAGAGGUUUGAGGAGGCCAUCCAGCUCCGUGGGGGGAGCUUCGAGAACAACUGGAACAUCUACAAGCUGCUGGCGCACCAGAAGCCGGCGCAGGAGAAGAGCCCCUUCAGCCUGGCCAUCCUGAACGUGGGAGCCCCCGCCGCCGGCAUGAACGCGGCCGUGCGCUCGGCCGUGCGCAUCAGCAUCUGCCAGGGACACACCAUCUACGUGGUGAGCGACGGCUUCGAGGGCCUGGCCAAGGGGCAGAUCCGCGAGGUGGGCUGGCACGACGUGGCAGGAUGGCUGGGACGCGGCGGGUCCAUGCUGGGCACCAAGCGGACACUGCCCAAGACCUGCAUGGAAAAGAUCGUGGAGAACGUGCGGAAGUUCAACAUCCAGGGGCUGCUGGUCAUCGGCGGGUUCGAGGUGCGGGGGGACCCUCAGCCCUGGCUCCUGGGGGCCAGGGUGGGCUGUGGGCAUCCCAAAGGAAUGCUUUUGGGAGGUGGGGCUGGCUGCGGGGCUGGCAUCUCCCCGUCCCUGCUCACGGCGUACGAGGGGGUGCUGCAGCUGGUGGAGGCGCGCGGGCAGUACGAGGAGCUCUGCAUCGUCAUGUGCGUCAUCCCCGCCACCAUCAGCAACAACGUGCCCGGCACCGACUUCAGCCUGGGCUCCGACACGGCCGUCAACGCGGCCAUGGAGAGCUGUGACCGCAUCAAGCAGUCGGCCUCGGGCACCAAGCGCCGCGUGUUCAUUGUGGAGACCAUGGGCGGCUACUGCGGGUACCUGUCGACCGUCACCGGCAUUGCCGUGGGCGCCGACGCCGCCUACGUCUACGAAGACCCCUUCACCAUCCACGACCUGAAGGCCAAUGUGGAGCACCUGACUGACAAAAUGAAGACAGAUAUCCAGAGAGGGCUGGUGCUGCGCAAUGAAAAGUGCCACGAACACUACACCACCGAGUUCCUCUACAAUCUCUACUCCUCCGAGGGCAAAGGCAUCUUUGACUGCAGGAUUAACGUCCUGGGCCACCUCCAGCAGGGGGGAGCCCCGACCCCCUUUGACCGCAACUAUGGGACCAAGCUGGGAGUGAAGGCGGUGCUGUGGAUGUCGGAGAAGCUGCAGCAAGUCUACAGCAAGGGGCGUGUGUUUGCCAACUCGGGGGACUCUGCCUGCGUGAUCGGGCUCCGGAAGAAGGUGGUGGCCUUCAGCCCUGUGACAGAGCUCAAGAAAGUCACGGAUUUUGAGCACAGGCUGCCCCAGGAGCAGUGGUGGCUGAACCUGCGGCUGAUGCUGAAGAUGCUCGCCAACUACCAGAUCAGCCUCACCGAGUACAUCUCAGGGCAGAUGGAGCACGUCACCCGCCGCACCCUCAGCAUCGAGAAGGGCUUCUAGUGCCACCAGCCCAAACCACAGCCCCCACCGUGUCCUCUGCCCCCCCCAGUGCUGCUCGGGGAGCGCCGCAUCCCCCUGUUCUCAGUAGCCCUGUAGCUUUGCCACCGACCCCUCAAAGCAGGCAGAGCCUGGUGCCAGCUCCCAGAACGGCACAAUCCUGCCCCAAAUCACUGGUGCGGUGUCUGGUCCCUGUGCAAGUGCAGAAGGGAGGUGUUGCUUGAGCCCAGCUGCACAGCCCAGACCCUUGAUCUUCCCUUAAUAGUUUAUUAUUAUUUAAUCAUGGGGUAUUUUAAGUCCUUGUCUAGCGGCCUGACCGCCUGAGCCAACCGCUGCUGCUGCUUUGUAUUCGCCUGCCCCGCGUGCGGGAGGGGGGUGAGGAGGGUGCAGUGCCAUCCCGGAGGGGCUGGAGCUGCUCCCCGGGGCUUGGGGCUGCCCCUGAGCCCUGGAAAAGCUCCAUCCCCGUGGGGUGUCAGGAGGGCUGAGCGCGGGGUCCCGGCGAGCCCCUCUCCCCCUUGCAUGACGCUUGGCUGCGAUGUCACCGCGCGGCCCCGGGUGCCGUGUCCGUCAUCUGCUGCUCUGUGACCCCGGAUCCAGCACUGCUCGUGGUGCUGCUCCUCCUCCUCUAGAGAUAAAACCUGCUGGAGCCAAA